GCAACCUGGUGCUGAUCGCUCGUGCCGGUGCGGCCGUUAAACGUCGUAGCGGGAGCCUGAGGCUCAGAAGCAGCCCCCUCCUCUUCCUGGGUUUCCCUCACGCCCUUCCCGGUCGGUCUCGGGGCAUGAGCAGCGAUGGCCGGCUGCACCCCUGAAGAGAAAACUUACCGGCGCUUUCUGGAGCUAUUCCUAGGCGAGUUUCGCGGUCCUUGCGGCGGUGGCGAGCCAGAACCUGAACCCGAACCCGAGUCCGAGCCCGAAGCCGAACUGGUAGCGGCUGAGGCGGCCGAAGCGUCGGUCGAGGAUCCCGGGGAGGAGGCGACCAGGGUAGCCGCAACGGAGGAGGGAGAGCAGGAGCAAGACUCAGACCCCGAAGAGGAGGCGGUCGAGGAGGAGGCGGAGGCGGUGGCGGCGGCUGAGGGUGAGGGCGAGGAGGAGGAGGAGGCGGCGGCAGCCUCGGGGCACUCGGCCGUGCUACCGCCGCCGCAGCCCCAGCUGCCGCCGCUGCCCCCGCUUCCACGACCGUUGUCAGAGCGCAUCACCCGUGAGGAGGUGGAGGGCGAGAGCCUGGACCUGUGCCUGCAGCAGCUCUACAAAUAUAAUUGCCCUUCAUUUUUGGCUGCUGCUUUAGCCAGAGCCACAUCAGAUGAAGUGCUUCAGAGUGAUCUUUCUGCACAUUAUAUUCCAAAGGAAACGGAUGGCACAGAAGGGAGUGUGGAGAUUGAGACAGUGAAAUUGGCCCGUUCUGUCUUCAGCAAACUACAUGAGAUUUGCUGCAGCUGGGUGAAAGACUUCCCUCUCCGCAGGAGACCCCAGCUUUAUUAUGAAACAUCAAUCCAUGCCAUCAAAAACAUGCGCAGGAAAAUGGAGGACAAACAUGUCUGCAUUCCUGAUUUUAAUAUGCUCUUCAACCUAGAGGACCAGGAAGAACAAGCUUACUUUGCAGUGUUUGAUGGCCAUGGGGGAGUAGAUGCAGCCAUUUAUGCUUCCAUUCACCUACAUGUUAACUUAGUUCGCCAAGAGGUUUUUCCCCAUGAUCCUGCUGAGGCUCUGUGCCGGGCCUUCCGGGUCACUGAUGAGCGGUUUGUGCAGAAGGCAGCUAGGGAGAGCUUAAGAUGUGGGACCACAGGAGUGGUGACUUUUAUCAGAGGCAACAUGCUACAUGUGGCCUGGGUGGGUGAUUCCCAGGUAAUGCUUGUGAGAAAGGGCCAAGCUGUUGAACUAAUGAAACCACACAAACCAGACAGAGAGGAUGAAAAGCAGCGAAUUGAGGCCCUUGGAGGUUGUGUAGUCUGGUUUGGUGCCUGGAGGGUGAAUGGAAGUCUGUCAGUCUCCAGAGCUAUAGGAGAUGCUGAACACAAGCCAUAUAUCUGUGGGGAUGCAGAUUCUGCGUCAACUGUUUUGGAUGGGACAGAAGACUACCUCAUUCUGGCCUGUGACGGCUUCUAUGAUACUGUGAACCCCGAUGAGGCAGUGAAAGUUGUGUCUGACCACUUGAAGGAGAAUAAUGGAGACAGCAGUAUGGUUGCCCACAAAUUAGUGGCAUCAGCUCGUGAUGCUGGGUCAAGUGAUAACAUCACUGUUAUUGUGGUAUUCCUGAGGGACAUGAACAAAGCUGUAAAUGUUAGUGAGGAAUCAGAUUGGACAGAGAACUCUUUUCAAGGAGGGCAAGAAGAUGGUGGGGAUGAUAAGGAGAAUCAUGGAGAGUGCAAGCGCCCUUGGCCUCAGCACCAGUGCUCAGCACCAGCCGAUCUAGGCUAUGAUGGGCGUGUGGAUUCGUUCACUGAUAGAACUAGCCUGAGCCCAGGGUCCCAAACCAACGUGCUGGAAAACCCAGGCUACCUAGAUCUCACACAAAUAGAAGCAAGCAAACCUCACAGUGCCCAGAUUUUGCCAUCAGUUGAGAUGUUUGGUCUUGGUGCACCAAAGCAAGCAAAUCUUAUAAAUGAGCUAAUAAUGAAGGAAAAAUCAGUUCGAUCAUCAUUGCCUGAAUGGAAUGGUGCUGGAGAGUUUCCAGGGCAGCAGAUAUACAGAAUGGAGAGCUUGUCUCUUGUCUGUUCUGGGUUGGAAAAUGAACAGUUCAAAUACCUGGGCAAAAGGGUUUCUAGAUUGUAUCAUUUACGCCACUACUACUCCAAGAGGUGGCAUGGAUGCAGGUUUAAUCCAAAGUUUUAUUCAUUUCUCUCUGCUCGAGAGCCUUCCCACAAAAUGGGCAUCAGCCUGUCCUCACUUAUUCGAAGUGGGAAGAGAAAUAGGAUGUUAAGAAGUUACGUGCCAUGGAGGGAACACAGUUGGAAAGGGUAUGGUGAAAAUACAGUGAGAAAGAUCAGAAAGGGUAAUGAUAUUCCACACGCAGAUCUUCUCUGGAGCUAUAAAAUAUAAUACUUUUUCUUUACAGUAGGCUAGCUAGCUAUCCCUCAAAAACAACACUAUCAGAGUAGAAACAAGGUAGACAUUUCUAAACACAUGUGCUUCAUUAUGAAUCCAUGGAUGGCUCAAUUCUUAAAUGUAAAUAGAUCUCUAGGAAACUCAAAUUAUAGUGUUUUCAAUCUAAAAAAGUAUUGGCGGUUUCACUAGCAAAAUUAUACAACUGGUCCCUGUGAUGUGUCUCUACACCUACAUACACCCCCUUUCCAGCACCCCUUCACGUCACUAGUGGAAGCUUGAAAGUUAUUUCAGUCAGGAUAUAUCGUGUUGAAAUCGCAACUCAGUUGAAAUCUGGUCUGAUGUGCCUAAUCUACUUACAGAGAACAAUGAAGAAUUAACUUCACUUGGGAAACAUCCCUCAAGAUCCUGGGGACUAUGAAAGAUUUCCCUGCCCCUUUUUUUGGUAGGUGAAAGACUAAAAGCCAUAUGGGUUUUAACUGGUAAUAAUGAAAGUGGAAAACUAGUGUCAAAGUGUCAAUCUCAGGAUUGUGAGGCAGUAUAUAAUCAAAUGAUUUACUGAUUUUUUUUCUGUAACAUGAAACAUUUUGAAUUAAAUAUUUCCUAGGGCAGUAGUUACUUGGGGAUUUCAUAACCUGUUAUGGUGCUUUUGGUGGAGUUUUUAUUAUUUGUCAUUUUAGGAGACCACUGUCAGCUGGUUUUCAUCUAUGAUGCUAAUGUGUUUUUCACUGUACCUCAUCUCAGGAAUAAAACCGGUUUAAUAGAGAUGAUGUCAGGUACAAAUAUACAAGAUCAAAAUGCCAUUUAAAAAGACGAUAGUUAAAUACCGUUUUAAGUUCACACAUAGCAAAGACAUGUACUACUAUAAUAUAAAAAGUGGCUUUGAAGAAUGAAAAAUGCCAGUUUUAACUUCUCUAAAAUUGUUUUUCCCAAGGGAAUGAAGUAAUUGGUAUGGAGGAGACUGAAAGUACUGCUUAAAGUGAACCCAGAGGCCAAAUGCAAAAGAAAAUGCAGAUUACUGAGCCAGGUCUGUUUAGUUUUAAUUGGAAGAUAUGAGCCAGAGUCCUGCUACAUGCAACUUGAGACUGCACGGAUAGGAUGUGUUCAUUUGAAUAUUUAGUUCUAUUUGGUAAUUUUGCUAUUUCUCCUGUUUUAAGCCAGAAGCUUAUAUUCAACUUAAAGCAGCAAAUAAAUUAUCAGAUUCAUUCAGUGAAGCACCCUGAUUCUCUCAGAACCAUGGAUGGCCCUACCCUAGUCAACUAGGGACCAGCCAUGCCCACAGACAGGAGCCCUGCUGUACGCACAGGUCACUCAUGCAGCUGGAUGCACUGAAUGCUAUUGCUGAGAAAUGUCCACCAUCUAACAUCAUGUUGUACAUGCUAAUACAAUUGCUUUAUGUUCCCUAGACCCUCAGAGUCGGACUAAAACUCCAAAACUGUAAAGACAUAGACGACUACAGCAUAUUACAGGGGCCAGUAUGGCUAUAUCAUCAAGUAAUUAAAACAACAACAACAGAUUAACACUUUAGCAACAAUCAGAUUGUUAAUCUACAGAUUUUAUUUUUUUUAAAUUUGGAUGUUGAGUAGAGAUUUUCAUUAUUUUUUGUUUUCUUGACUUUGAAGUAAUUUAUUCUUUCCUCAGUCUUGUGACACAUGGAUGAAAAGGAGAGAGUAAGUACGACUCCAGCUAUGUUAGUUUCUCAUCAUUCUGAUGCUUUGCCCCAUACAUGUACCUCACUUAUAUCUGUCAUUUUCUGAAGCCUAGAACUUGUUGACAAGCCUUCAGAUGCAGUCUCAGUUUCAAAUCAGAUUAUCUAAGGAAACAAAACACAGGCAGCAUUGGUAUACGUUAUAGUCCAAAAUGCUUAGCUGAGUAAAAACAAGUUUUUUUAAAAAAGAAUUUUCUAUAGUUGUCUAUUGGUAAUGCUUUUGAUCAGAUUUGGUAAAAGGAAAGAAGUCACAGUGAUAAGCUUUUUUAGGGAGGAAAAAGAUGGUUGGAUGAAACUGGGACAAACACAGACCCAUUUUUAAAGGUCUGGGUUUUGUAGGUCUGACUACAUAGCAGUGUUAACUCCAUUUCUCAUAUCACUAGCUCUCUAGAAAACAGAAAAGUAGUUCUAGUGUGGUCAAUAAACCAAUAUUGUAAAAAAAAUAGCAACUAUUUUGUUCACAACAUGCAUACUCAUAGGGUAGUUAGGUACCAUUUGUAAGGUAAGUCCUUUAAAAUCCUAUAAUACUUAUUAAAGUAGUGGUUAUUGGUCUGAUAUAUGCUGCUCUUGGUUCUAUACACUAGAUAAAAAGCAGUGCUUUGUGAAAUGCAGUGUUAAUCUUAACGCCACUGGUGAUAGAAAGUAGCUCCCUUCAGUUCAAAUCCUGUGCCCUUAUUUGCUGCUUGCUAACGUAAGCAAUAAGUAACCCUCUAACUAAUGGUAUCUACACAUUUCUGUAACUUGUAUUUAAUGAUGGUGUAUCUGGUGAUUGUAAAAAUAUUAGAUAUAAAAGUAUAAUAUAUACUAACUGUUAAUGCUGAGGUAUAGUCCAAAUUAUGUGUUUUGUACCUUUAUUCAUCGUGUAAUUUAGUGGUGGUGAAAGUUCUACACUCAAUCCAUAAAGAGUGGCAGUAUCCCUUUUUCAACUUAACAUGAUCUGCAUCAAUUUGUUUGCCUGCUAAACAAGUUUUGUUAGAAUAGGAAAUAGUAAAACAAAUAUAAACAAGAAAAGUGUAGUACUGGUUAGGGAAAAAGACUUCGAGUCACCAUCUGAAGUUAUUACAAACUCCUUGUACAUUCACUGUGAGUUUCCAGGGGAGUUAGUCCCUAAUUUAAAGGUUUCCUUUUUCACUUUCUAGAUGUAUACUUUUGAGGGACAUCUGAGGUUAGGCAACAUCACAGCACCAAAUACUUGGGGCUCUUAAUCCCAUUUAGGUCUGUACUACAGGGGUCAGGUUAGAAACACAUGUAUAUAUCUUUUCUUUACCUAGAAGUGCCAUCCAUUGUCCUUGAAAUAAAGCCACUAAAGUUCCUAUUACAUUUAAUUUGAAGUAGGAGGCUCCUUGAACAUAACACCUUAUCCAAGGACAAUGUCAAUCAUAUCAAUGUCAACACUGAGUCUAAUUCUGACCACGUUGAUAGUGGUAGAGCAUCAACACUGCAUUUUCAUGACAGCCACACUCCAUUGUUGAAACACUGUGCCAGUAAGAAGCGCAAAGUCCAUUGGGCAGGUGAGAAUGACCCACUUACAGGUGAGACUGCUGUGUGCGGGUACUGUGAGAAAAUUAUCUCAAUUAAUUUUAAUUUUUAAACUUGGUUCACUCAAUGAGCAUUCUCACCUAAGCAAGGCCACAGAAGGAUACUACAAUUUAGUUCACACUUUAUCUUGGGACAAUUUUUUUUUAUCAUAAAUUAGCACCUCUGAAAAUCAUGUGAUAUUAAAAGAUAGAUACCCACUCUUGUUCUGACCUGUGAAAUGAUUGUCUUUUUUCAAAACAAAAUGAUACUGCCAGUAUUAAAACACAGCUAUCUUCCAGACAUAUGGUACUGUAUUGAAAAAAUAAUUACUUCCUCCAGCGGCAUUUUAUGUAUUUUGAAGACUAUUUUAUUCUACUAAUUAGGAAAAAAAUGAAAUAGGACAGGGAACUCCAAACUAUUGAAAAGGAAAUACUUUAAUUAACUUUGAUGUAUUAAAUAAUUCAGAUACAUCAUUGUUAACUCUCUAGGUGCUCUUUGGUGGGAGACAGGCUUUCUCUUGUUUAUGACAUUUCUCUGCAAAGAAUUCUUUAUGGAGUGAAGUGAAUAAUUUCUUAUCAAGUAAUAUCAAUUUACAAACCUGCUGUACAGAUCACUUUUGAGUUCAGUUGUAAUCAUGAGUGAUCCUUCACAUUUUAUUUAUUCAAACUGUUCAUUCAGGUAAAGAAUAUGUUGAAAUUUUGCCAAUAUCUUAAUAAAACCCAGCAAUUUA